GCAGAUGUGUUAGCAGCUGUAACGGAGGCACCAUACCACUGCUGCCAGCGCAGCAAAGGCUGUGCCGGCUCCUUGAGGCACUGAGCUCAUGCGCUGGCCUCAGCGUUUGUAGUUGCCCUCGGAGCAUGCUUUUCCGGAGUCAGUGUUCCUAAUUCUCCCUUUCUCUGCUCUUCUGUAUGCGCAAGGACAUGGUGUCCUACAUCCUCAGGAUAGAGGGCAGACCAUACACCAUUCACCUGCAGCAGCAUGUCUUUUUACCUGGUGAUUUCAGGAUUUACACAUACAAUGAGAAGGGAUCUUUGCGCUCUGAUUCAACCCAUGUCAAGGGAGGCUGCCACUACCAGGGGUACAUUGAUGGCUUCCCCACCUCAGCAGUGACCCUCAGCACCUGCUCAGGGCUCAGGGGCUUGCUGCAGUUUGAGAACAUCAGCUACGGGAUUGAGCCCCUGGGUUAUUCUCCUGCGUUCGAGCACUUUGUGUAUCGCGUGAGUGGCGAGAAGAUGGCAGGGUCCCUCCUUUCCAGCAGCCACCCCAAGACAGGGCCAGGUGGGCUGACCGCAGAGGAGAUGUUGAACAAAGCACGUGGAGACAAUGAACCACUGUCAGCUGCAGCACUCCUUCCCAAAUACUUCAAAGUGUACGUAGUUCUGGACAAGGCUUUGUACAACUACAUGGGUUCAGACACGAAUACUGCAACACAGAAGAUAAUCCAGGUCUUCAAUUUAGUCAACAAUAUGUUUAAUCCUCUUAAUGUUACUGUUGUGCUGUCCUCCCUGGAGCUGUGGACAGAGGAGAAUAAAAUAUCGACAGCAGGGGAAGCAGAUGACCUUCUACAACGAUUUUCACGGUGGCAACAGUUGUAUCUCACUCUGCAGUUGUAUGAUGUAGCUUAUCUACUAGUGUACAGGGACCGAGCAGCAUUUGUGGGCAUGACGGCUCUGGGAAAGGCGUGUCAGAGAGAUGCUGCUGGCGCAGUGGCCGUGUACCAAGCGGCUGUGACACUGGAGUCGUUCUCCAUCCUCCUGGCACAGCUGCUGGGACACAGCCUGGGCAUCGGCUACGACGACCCCCGAGAGUGCCACUGCCCUGGGCACGUCUGCCUCAUGAGCCCAGAGGCGCUACACUUCAGUGGCGCAAAAGCCUUUAGCAACUGCAGCAUCAGAGACUUUGAAACCUUCCUGAAGCACGAUGGAGGUGCGUGCCUUUUCAGUGGACCUCACUUGACUGGACUGUCGUACCGGAGAGCGGCCGUCUGCGGCAACGGCGUUGUGGAGCCUGGCGAGCAGUGCGACUGCGGGGCAGCGAAGGCAUGCUUGAAGGAUAAAUGCUGUACUAAAACAUGUCGGUUUAAGCCGGGAGUGCAAUGUACCUCUGGAUUAUGUUGUCAUGAAUGUCAGUUCAAGCAGAAGAACUCACAAUGCCGCCCUGCCGCCGAUGCGCAGUGUGACCUGGCCGAGUUCUGCAAUGGGUCCUCUGCGUCCUGCCCCCCCAACCUGUACGUGCAGGAUGGGCAUGACUGUGAGCAUGGCACCGGCUACUGCUACAAGGGACGCUGCCAGUCUCCGGACCUGCAGUGCCAGCAGCUCUACGGGAGAGGUUCAAAAAAUGCUCCUAUAGCUUGUUACGAGGAACUCAAUAGUCAGCGGGACAGAUUCGGACACUGUGGGUUCCAGCCCAGACAAGGCUAUAAGCCCUGCGCUUGGAGGGAUCUCAGAUGUGGAAAGUUAAUCUGCACGUACCCGUACAGCAUGCCAUUUCCAUCAGAUGAUGCUGCUGUUCUUUACGUCCAAGUGCGUGAGCACUUAUGUGUGUCUUUGGAUUAUCUGAAGGUAUCAGCAAGGCUGGAUCCUCUUCUGGUUCCGCCAGGUACAAAGUGUGGUUCUGGAAAGGUGUGUAUAAACAACACUUGUCACCCGCUUUCAGUCCUGGGAUAUGACUGUGACAGCGCAGUGCAGUGCCACGGCCACGGCGUGUGCAACAACAGGGGGCAUUGCCACUGCCACGCCGGCUGGAAGCCCCCCGACUGCCUAGAGAAGGGGUCCCGCUUUGGGGGAAGCGUUCACAGCAGGCUCCAGGUGGUGGACCGUGGCCUCUCCCCUCAGUGGCUGCUGGAGAACCCGCUGGUGCUGGGCAUCUGCCUCCUCCUGCUUGUCCUCGCCACGGCCAUCUGCCUGGGCCUCCACUGGCAGGGCCAGCAGCCCCCUGGCACAGAGGGCCCUGCAGUCGAGGAGGGCAGCAACGGCCAAGACCCGGACACGGAGCCAGACCCGGACAUGGACACGGACACGGAGCCAGACCCGGACACGGACACGGACACGGAGCCGGACCCGGACACGGAGCCAGACCCGGACACGGAGCCGGACCCGGACACGGAGCCUUACCCGGACACGGAGCCAGACCCGGACCCGGACACGGAGCCGGACCCGGACACGGAGCCAGACCCGGACACGGAGCCAGACCCGGACACAGAACCAGACCCAGAUCCGGACCCAGGGCUGCACCGCGGGUGCUAAUAAAGCCGUUGGGCGCA